AUGUUUCUUCCGAGUUGGACCCAGGAUGUCUGGGAAUUCAGCAAGAGAAACAUCAUCCCAGAUCUUUUCAUCAAGAGACGGUUCAACUUCAUUACCAUUCACUACCUUUACGUGAUCGGCAUGACCCUCCUGAUGUCCGUCAUCAUCUAUGGAAUUGGGGAUAUUGCAUAUGUGGACGCUCUGUUCUUCGCCUCCGGUGGCGCCACCCAGAGUGGUCUCAACACUGUCGACGUCAAUCUUCUCAGAACCGGCCAACAGGCAAUGCUCUACAUAGGUGCUAUGCUGUGUAACCCCAUUGUGGUACACUCCUUCGUUGUAUUCGUGAGACUCUACUGGUUUGAGAAACGCUUUAAAGAUGUCGUCAUGGAGGCCCGAAAACUACGACGUACCAGAUCCAAGACUCGCGUCAACACAUUCUCCAAAGAAGAUCCCGAGCAAGGCACAGGAACCCGGGGUUUUAAAAAAAGAGGCAUGACGUUCAUUCACAACGCAACUCCUACUUUUCUUCGUCAAAAUCAAACCAGAGGGAAAGAGAAGCAAGAGGAUGGUCCAGAAACCGACGCCAAGGUUGUCGAGUCUUCCAAUAGCUCCAAUCAGGAGCAUGAUCAGUUGAAUGAGAAACGGCGUGACGAUCAUUUGCGGUUACAGACGACACGCUCUACCGAGGAUGUGCGCUUGCCUCAGCUGUUAAGCCCUGAGCAACACAUUCGAUUCUUGGAAAACCAGAGAAAUCCGGAUGACCCCACCACUUUAAGAAUUCCCAGUCCUCGCGAGUUCGAGCGCGGCAGUAGACCGAUGAAUGUCCCUGACGAUGUGGAAGGGCCUUUACUACGACAGGUCACGAGCGAACCGAACCUUCCCAGUUCAAGUGAGAAGCGGAGUAUCGAAUUGAAUCCAAGACCUGAAGGAGCCGCUACACACAUUACAAUCGACGAGCCCCGAUUUCUACGCGAUCGCAAUGAUAAAUCAACCACUUUUCCGCGGUUAAACACAAGACAGUCAACAAUCCCGCAGAAUCAAGACGGCGUAGAACCAGGUCUGCACGCCCGUCCUACGCGAUCAAACACCUUCCGUUCUCUUAGACGAAGCAAUACAGCACGUACCACGGAUCCGGCCCCAGCACCGUAUUUAAGCUGGCAGCCCACCAUCGGACGCAAUUCUUUUUUCUUCGAUUUGACCGAGGAGCAACGCGAAGAAUUGGGUGGGAUUGAAUAUCGGGCUCUCAAGACGCUGGCAUUGAUUCUUGUCGGCUACUUCUUUCUCUUCCACCUCCUUGCUGUUGUCUGCCUCACGCCCUGGAUUGUGCAUUCUGGUACAUAUUCCGCAGUGCUUGAAGCAGUCUCGCAGAAUCGAGUUUGGUGGGGGGUUUUCACCAGUGGGUCGGCAUUCAACGAUCUUGGGUUCACUCUGACACCUGAUUCUAUGCUCUCUUUCAACGAAGCGGUGUUCCCCCUCCUUUUGAUGACCUUUCUCAUCAUCAUUGGAAACACUGGCUUUCCAUGCAUGCUCCGAUUCGUGAUUUGGGCAAUAUCCAAGGUUGUGUCAGAGGGAUGCCCUCUUUGGGAGGAGCUUCGAUUUCUGUUGGAUCAUCCUCGACGAUGCUUCACUCUAUUAUUCCCCGGCAGCGCUACGUGGGUUCUGUUGGGAAUCCUUGUGGUCCUCAAUGGAGUAGAUCUUAUCUUCUUCAUCAUUCUUGAUCUCAACGAUCCUACCGUUACUCAGUUACCAGGAGGAAUUCGUUUCCUGGACGGACUCUUUCAAGCCGCUUCCACUCGGACUGCUGGAUUUUCUGUGGUGAACUUGGCAGAGCUGCACCCGGCCAUUCAAGUCAGUUAUCUCGUGAUGAUGUACAUAUCAGUUUUCCCGAUCGCAAUCUCGAUGCGCCGGACCAAUGUCUACGAAGAAAAGAGUCUGGGCGUCUAUAACAAUCCAAGCGAGGAAGAAGAUGACGAAAAGCAAGCCAGCUAUGUGGGCGCUCAUUUACGACGACAAUUGAGUUUCGACUUGUGGUACGUUUUCAUGGGUUUGUUUUUGAUUGCGAUCGUGGAGGGAGGUCGACUGGAAAGCACCAACGAGUACGCCUUCACCUUGUUUUCUGUCCUGUUCGAAAUUGUCUCUGCGUACGGGACUGUUGGAUUGUCUCUUGGAUAUCCGACCGUCAACACAUCGUUCUCGGGACAAUUCCGGACAUUGUCGAAGCUGAUCGUGAUUGCGAUGCAAAUUCGUGGACGUCAUCGUGGUCUACCUUAUGAAUUGGAUCGGGCCAUUCUGCUACCAUCAGAAAGUCUUCAGCAAAAGGAAAUCAAAGAAGGCAAUCGCAUCGUGCUACGACGUCGACGAUCUUCGGCUGCACAGUCCCUGAUGUCGGCAGUGGAUGGCAACCUGGAGGGACAACAAUUCCGACCCGAAACAGGAAUAGCUUCAGGACAUCAUGCUGGGGAGUCUGAUCAGCUUCAGCUUCGUCCUCGUACGAAUACCAAUCGUACAGUAGGCAGCUCUGCAAGCGGGUCGGAACAGCAGCACGGCCCUCAUAGCAACUUGAGACAUGGCCUGGGUAACGGAAUGCACAAAGUCCAGGAAGUCAUCGAUCCAAUCAAAGAGGAGGAGAAGGGCAGCGAGUAA